AUGCGCAAGAUCGGCCAAGCGAUGCGAAACUCCACCCCCCUCUCCCCCGCUCAGACCCGUCGCUGGCUCAAACCUCUAACCUUUACCGCCAACGACGGCGCCCUCGUCGGCGCUCCUUGGGAGACUACAAAGCGCCCCUCCCUGAACGCUCCGUCUGGAUACCGUCCUCCUGCCCGACUUCGGCAUCGGCUUCCCCUACCUAUGUACGCCGGCACGUAUCAGUGCGCGGGGAGCAAUGAUACACUCGUCAUCUCCGUUGACGCGAAUCCGGGGCUGCUGGUCACGCAGUUUCUCAUCAACGGCACGGAUGCCGCCAAGGGGUUCUUGGCCAUGGGCGACCAGAUCAGGUUGACGCCCAGUGGACUGGUUAGCAAGGGGGGCGCGCGGAUAGGGCUUAGGAGCGUGCUGACGAGGAAGCCAAUACCGGAGGGGGCGUUUGUGAGGAAUUGCGUGGAUUGGUUUAAUGUUGGGGGGACUUUGAUUGGGGGGUGUCGAUGGAUGGGCGAGGGGGUGGAGGGUGGCGUAUUCGAGGGCGCAGCGGGGUUGGGGUGA